CCGGGCCAACCCAGCUGGAUGGAACCCGGUGCCUGACCGAUAGUAUGUAUGUACAAUGGCAUAAAGUACUUUUUACAGAGUACGUACGUGCGUAGGUACUUGAAUUGGGCAUCCCCAUCUAUCUUUACCCAGGUACGAAGGACAUCUGUAUCGGCCCCUCCUCCCCCCCCCGCCUUGUUCCCGUUAAUUGUGGUUGUUGUCGGCGUUGUUCGCCGCCAAAGAUUACUCCUUCCCCUCCUCCCUGCCCGAUCAGACGUCAAAAUCCUCAUAAAAAAAAAGUUGUACACUCAUUUCUUCGCACGGCGAUAGCCUACAAAAACAAAUCAUCAUGGACAAGCUCUUUAGCGCCGGAAAGGACUUUCUGGAGACGCAGAUGCAGAACCAGAACCAGAACCAGAACCAGGGCCAAGCAGGACAACACAGCCAGCAGCAACAGUCGUCGGGCCACCAGUCUCAAGGCGGUCGGCGCUUCGACGACGAUGACGACGACGAGCUCAAGACGGCGCAGCACGAGGCCGCCAGCCGCGCCGGCUCCUCGGGCAGCAGCGAGCUCUUCUCCCAGGUCCUAAGCGCCAUCGGCCAGCGCAAGGGACAGCUUGCCAACGAGGACAUUGACGAGGAGGACGCCGCCCGCAAGCACGAGGAGCACUACGGCAACGGCCCGUCCCGCGGCGACGAGAAGAGUCUCGGCACCGCCGCCGCCUACAACGCCUUCAAGAUGUUCCAACAGGGCGGCCAGGGCGGUGGCAAGCAGAGCCAGGGCGCGUUCCUGGGCAUGGCCAUGUCCGAGGCCAGCAAGCUCUUUGACCAAAAGAAUGCCAACGGCCAGGUCGCCGACGGUGCUAGCAAGGAGUCGACGAUCCAAAAGGCGGGUGAGAUGGCCAUGAAGCUGUACUUCAAGAACCAGGGCCAGCAGCAGGGGGGGCUGCUGGGCAUGGCAUCCAAGUUUAUCAAGUAGUGGAGCGGACAAGAGUCUCUUGCGGACGCGGGCUGCUCAAAGGUAAAUACUAAGUUACUAAACAGCCAGAGAAACAUGGAAACAGAUACCUUGGCCCGGCCG